AUGGCGUUUCCAAACACCCCCGUUCUCGACACAUUUAUCUCCUCGCUAUCCGAGAUAGUUCGCGACCGGGAUGGCGCUAAGCUCCAAGAUUUCCUGCAGAUCGAACCGCCGCUGCCCGACGUGUACACGCAGAUGGUGGAUGAAUUGCGACGAAAAUACCCCAAUGAAUCGCCAAAAGAGGCAGAAUUGCUACGGCGAUGCGAAGGGCUUGUUCCCAAGUCCAAAGGGGGUAGCACCUGGACGGCUUUCCCGACAUUCAUGAAGCUCUACUUCUGCUUCUUGCGCGACGCCAAUGUCGAGAAUCUGCUGGAGACUUACGACAUGUUGAAAGUGCUGCUCAACCAAUGUGUGAUGGCACUCGGUGACAGCCAAUUCGGUAUUGUUGUCUUGCCCACGGUUUUGUACCUGUCUAAGGUACUGGCGAAACUAGCGAUGGGUUUAGAUCGUCGGCCCGAACUUAUUGCUCACCUGCUAAGGCUCGAGGGUGGCCCCGAUCAGGACGAGAGCACGGAAAAGGUCACAUUAGUUGAGAAGUCUGCGAACGUGGUUCGAGAAGCGUUCAUUAAAUGUCUCACGGACCGCAGCGGUACACCUGGAGUCCACGGGAAGCCAGAAGGCAAGAGAGUUGGCAUCUAUCUAAUGGCUAACCUGUGCCUCAAGCUGCUUUUCCAGUGUGGUAAACUACGCAACGCCGAGCAGAUGUUUGCGAGUAUCACUGCUCAAUCUCCACCUCUAAAACAUUUUCCCGCCUCCCAGAGAGUUACAUACCUCUAUUACCUUGGACGCUAUUUGUUCUCCAACAACUUAUUCUUCCCGGCUCAAAUUGCACUGCAAUCGGCCUACGACCAAUGCCAUCACCAGGCGAUCAACCAGAAACGGCUUAUUCUCACGUAUCUCAUCUCUUGCAACAUAAUAAUGGGCCGGUUUCCGUCCCUACAACUACUGCAGAAGCCGGAGGCAGAGGGGCUGGCUGAUAAAUUCAUCCCGCUUUGCCAACUCAUCGCACGUGGAGACUACAUUGCUUUCCGAGAUCAUCUCACGGUAAACUCUCCAGCAACGGAAUGGUUUGCCAGGAAAGGCAUCCUUCUGCCGCUGCGAAACCGGUGCGAGAUACUCGUAUGGCGCUCUCUAGCUCGAAAGGUCUUCAUUCAUGGAGGUUUCCAUGGAGACCCCCAGGGUCAGGCACAAAGAGGACCGCCUCCAUUCCUAUACCUCACAAAACUCGAAGCUGCCGUACGGUGGCUACAAUCCCAACAUCCGUCAUCACAUCCCUUACCCACCACAACCCCAUUUGCAAGUAGUAUACCCCCACACACAAACAAAAGCCAGUACGGAUCACAGAUCGUGUCAAUAGCGCCUGAUCCAGACUUCGUCUCCCUGGACGCCCCCGUUACGAACGGAUCCGGUCCAGAUCCAUCCUUGCUCUCAAAAUACGCCGACUACCUUUGCCCAGACGGCUUCUUCGACGCAACAGGUCAAUGGCAGACUAACCCAACCAAGACCCUAAUCGACGGCACUCCCGACUCAGACUACAGCCAGUACGAGCUAAACCCGUACGCGGAAACAGCCGACCAAGAACCCGAUAAACCGUCGCCUCUAAUGCGCGAAAUCGAAUCUAUCCUCGCCUCCCUCUUAACGCAGGGUCUGAUGCGCGGGUAUCUCACCCAUCGGAACCCGCGGUUCGCUAUUCCGGGUGCGCGACUACGUGGGGCUCUGCCGACGGGAUUCCCGAAUGUCUGGCAGACGAUCUAUGCUCGGGAGUCGGAGGAUAUGGGUGUACCGGGCUGGGUUCAGCCGCCGCCAACUAUGAUGGGUGGCACUCCCGCAGCAUUAGGUGGAGGAGGGAGGGUGGUGAAUCUCUCAGGCGCACGGCCUGUUGGUGUACAGUAA